CCACUCAUCACUAACUCUCAUCAUCGCUCUCUCUGUGUGUCUGUCACACCACCACCAGGAUCUUCGAGAAGCAGGGGAAAAAUGGAGGGGAAGGAGCAGGACGUUUCGUUGGGAGCGAACAAGUUCCCGGAGAGACAGCCCAUCGGGACGGCGGCACAGAGCCAGGACGAUGGGAAGGACUACCAGGAGCCACCGCCGGCGCCUCUGUUCGAGCCAUCCGAGCUCACGUCGUGGUCCUUCUACAGAGCCGGGAUCGCCGAGUUCGUCGCUACUUUCCUCUUCCUCUACAUCACCAUCUUGACUGUUAUGGGCGUCAGUCGUGCUGAUGCCAACUCCAAGUGCAAAACCGUGGGAAUUCAAGGAAUCGCCUGGGCUUUCGGUGGCAUGAUCUUCGCACUCGUGUACUGCACAGCAGGAAUUUCAGGUGGUCACAUAAACCCAGCCGUGACGUUCGGGUUGUUCUUGGCAAGGAAGUUAUCGUUGACAAGGGCACUGUUCUACAUGGUGAUGCAGUGCCUUGGUGCGAUUUGCGGUGCGGGUGUGGUGAAGGGUUUUGAGGGAAAGAAACUAUACGGGACCUUAGGGGGCGGUGUCAACUUUGUGCACGACGGUUAUACCAAAGGAGAUGGCCUCGGUGCUGAGAUUGUUGGCACCUUCAUUCUGGUCUACACCGUCUUCUCAGCUACUGAUGCCAAGCGUAGCGCUCGAGACUCUCACGUCCCCAUUUUGGCACCGUUGCCAAUUGGGUUCGCUGUGUUUUUGGUUCACUUGGCCACCAUCCCCAUCACCGGUACCGGUAUCAACCCGGCUCGAAGUCUCGGAGCCGCCAUCAUCUUCAACAAACACGAAGGCUGGCAUGAACACUGGAUCUUCUGGGUGGGACCAUUCAUCGGAGCAGCGCUGGCAGCUCUGUACCACGUCGUGGUGAUCAGAGCAAUUCCAUUCAAGUCCAAGUGAGGGAUGGGAUUGAAUUAAAUUAAAUGGAGCCGAGUUUGUGGGUUGUGGUGGAUGUUUUUAUGAGCGAAAUUUCAGUGUCCCCUUCUUAUCUUAUUUGCUGAAAUAUGUAAAGAAUGUAUUUAAUGUUUUAUUGCUGCUACUAGUAGGGACUGCAUGUUCCGUGAAGGGCCAGUUUUCCUCUGCUUUUAGAAGUUGGAAGAGGGCUCAACCCCCUGCGUGUGGGCCUCUGUGUAUCGCUGUGAUUGUGUAUCUGUCAAAUUAUCAAAUAAAAAAAAAGAAAAAGAAAAAAUAUGUUGUCUUCUUCA